AUGAAUUCUCUGUCACGUCACUGCCUUACAAACGCGCGGAAUUCGUUCAAGUAUUGCAAGACAAUUACUAUACGACAAGCUGUUGCUCAUAGGAGCAUCAGUACUUUUACGGCCUCUGAUUAUGUACAGAGAUUUCCCAAGUUCAAAGACAUUCGAGGUCCUUAUCUACGAUACUUUCUGUUGUGGACGUUACUAGGUUCUGAAGCGUUACACUUACGAUGGACGAGGGUAGAACAUGAAGAAUACAAAGAAAAGGCAAGGUUGCAAAUUGUGAAACUGAAGGAGCAAAUUGCAAUAAUGGAUGGUGGAGGGAUGACGCAAGCAGCUGAUAGUGGCUUCGCUCAGCAAACACAAUCAUUAGCGUCAUCAGAAGAUGUCGAUCCGCACAAAA